AUGGCAACUCAACACUCUAUACUUUUGCUUACUUUUCUUCUUCAGUUCUCAUUACUACAAUUUCCCUCACUCGGAUUAUUCAAUCAACAAGACACAUACUUCAUCAACUGCGGAUCAGAUACCAACGUUACAGAAUAUAACAACCUUUAUAUUGGUGAAUCAAAUCCUACUUACCCUACAAAAGUAUUCAGCAAUAGCUCUCCAGAAACAAGUCAAUCUUCAGUGCCUUCACCUCUCUACCAAACAGCAAGAAUUUUCUAUUCCGAAUCUUCCUACCAAUUCACUACCGUCCCAAACAAUACCUACAUGCUACGUUUCCAUUUCCUUUCAUUCUCUUCACCAACUCACCUCUCCACUGCUAAAUUCAACGUUUCCGUUCCCGGUUUCUCUCUGUUACAAAAUUUUGAUGCCAAAAACUUCACCAACUCUCCUUUAAUAAAAGAGUAUUUUGUCAAAAUCAUUAGAAAAAAAUUCAAUAUAACUUUCACACCUCAAAUCUCUUCAUUCGCGUUUGUUAACGCAAUAGAACUCUUCAGCCUCCCUAUUCAUUUUAUCCCCGAUUCAAUCCACCGUUUCAAGUACGGUGGUGUUAUACUUUCUCAAGCUUUGGAAACUAAACACCGUCUUAACGUUGGUGGAGAAACUGUUACUAGGUUAACAGAUAACUUAUCAAGAAAUUGGUUACCAGAUGACAGUUAUAUAACUACUCCACAAAACGCUAAUAAAAGUUACUUUGGAGGUAAUAUCAAACGCUCUGCAGACGAUGAAUCUGAAGGUCCAAAUUCGAAUAAAUAUAUUGCUCCAGAUGUUGUUUAUCAACAUGCCAGAGAGAGUAAAAACGGUUCUAACGGUUUAAACAUAAGUUGGAGUGUACCGGUGGAGAAGAAUAUUGAUCAUUUUCUUAGGCUUCACUUUUGUGACCUUUUAAAUCUGCAGAUUGGUUUGACAACUUUCAGUCUCUUCAUUUAUGACAAUUUUGUACAAAGUGUAAAUAAUGAUUCAAAUUUUUCAUUUGAAUUGCAUGAUCCUUAUUAUUAUGAUUUUGUUGUUCGCUCCGAUGGCUCUGGGAUAUUGAAGGUUACCGUAACACCUAAUAAGACGGAUCACCAACCAAACGCAUUUUUAAACGGGUUAGAACUAAUGAGAAUGAUUAACUCAUCUGGUUUUAUUCCCAUGGAUGAUUUGGCGUUGGAUUUGAAUUCAAAUUCAAAGGUUAGUCUUCCUGUGGUGGUGGGUUCGGUUGUUGGAGGUAUAGUUCUGGUUUCUGUUGUGGUGGUUGUGUUUCUCUGGAUUAGUAAAAUAAGGAAACAAAGGCCUGUUGAGAAUUCCAAUGGGUGGCCAAUUCGAGGUGCCGCAGAAGGAAGUUCUCACAGCAGAACAACAGCUCAAGGCUCACCUCUACCUAACAUAAACCUUGGAUUGAAAAUCUCCUUGCUUGAUCUUCAACUUGCAACGGAGAAUUUCAACACGGAGAGGAUAAUUGGAAAGGGUGGUUUUGGAAUUGUUUAUAAGGGAGUUCUCAGGAAUGGAAUGAAUGUGGCAGUGAAAAGAAGUGAACCAGGAUCAGCUCAAGGACUUCCUGAAUUUCAAGCUGAGAUAAUGGUUUUGUCCAAAAUUCGUCACCGACACCUUGUUUCCUUAAUUGGGUAUUGUGAUGAAAGGUUUGAGAUGAUACUUGUUUAUGAGUACAUGGAAAAAGGGACACUUAGAGACAGUUUGUACAAUACAAAUUUGCCUACUUUUUUGAGUUGGAAGCAAAGGCUUGAGAUUUGUAUCGGUGCUGCUAGAGGUCUUUAUUAUCUUCACAAAGGAGCAACGGGUGGAAUCAUUCACCGUGAUGUGAAAUCCACAAACAUAUUGCUUGAUGAGAAUCUUGUAGCUAAAGUUGCUGAUUUUGGUCUUUCAAGAACUGGUCCUCUUGAUCAGCAUUCUUAUGUCAGCACAGGUGUUAAAGGAACUUUCGGGUAUCUCGAUCCAGAGUACUUUAGAUUACAACAACUUACAGAAAAAUCUGAUAUUUAUUCAUUUGGCGUGGUUCUACUUGAAGUGUUGUGUGCAAGACCGGCCCUUGAACCAUCACUUCCAAGAGAACAGGUGAACUUAGCUGAGUGGGGAGUUUUUUGCAAAGACAAAGGGAUGUUGGAAGAUAUUAUUGAUCCUUCCAUCAAGGGACAGAUCGAUCAAAACUCACUUCGAAAGUUUAGUGAGACAGUGGAAAAAUGCUUACAAGAUGAUGGAAGUGACAGACCUUCAAUGGGUGAUGUGUUGUGGGACUUGGAAUAUGCUUUGCAGCUUCAAAGAGGUGCAAUACACAGAGAAUCUCAUGAGGAUAGUUCCAGCAGUGCUUCUGUAUCAAUUCAAUUGCCUAAUGUUCGCCGUUUUCCUUCGCUGUCUACGCUGAGUGAAAUGGAUGACGUGUCUAUUGGGAGGGCUACAGAUGAAUCUGAUAGUGCACCAGAUGCUGUUUUCUCUCAGUUGAAAAUUGGUGAUGGUAGAUAG